CAGAAGUGCUGUGAGCAGAUACAUCCGGGCUCCGUCUGCCCCGACGCCUCGUUGUGCUGGGAAAAGACUCAGGGGAUGAGAAGGCCACGUCUCCGCAUCCGGUGCCCGAGUCCCCUGAGCUGGAAAAGAGAAUCCGGGAUUUCCCUCGAGAGAACAAUCUCCAGGAGGCUGUGACGGGAUUCCUGGGUGCUUUCAAGGGUCAUCAUGGUGCACCUUGCUCAUCUCCUUAUGAAAAAUUAUCAUGGAGGACACGUAGCUAUCCGAUUGGCUCUUGGUGGUUGUGCCAACAGACCCUUCUUCCGUAUAGUGGCCGCAUAUAACAAGCGAGCACGGGACAGCAAGUAUUUGGAGCAAGUGGGCUGCUAUGACCCACUCCCAAAUAGCCACAAUGAAAAGCUUGUUGGCUUGAACAUCGAGAGAAUCAAACACUGGAUUGGUUGUGGAGCACAUGUCACAAAACCGGUUGAAAAACUUCUAGGUCUUUCUGGAUUUUUCCCAUUGCAUCCUAUGACAAUCACAAAUGCAGAAAGAUUAAGGAAGAGAAGAGCCUUGAAAGCCAUAACAGCUUCUGAGGAAGAAACUCCAGGUGACUGAUAACAUCUAACUGAACUGAAUUACUCAAAAGUUUACUGUACAGACAACGAUCAGAACAGUGGGCCAACUAAAAAGGACAAUAUCUUUACUACAGGCAAAGGAACGAUAGUGGAUGUGAAUUAUUUCAUAAGAACAUUAAAGUAUUUUGAGGCUUUAGGAGUCCUCAGACAAGGA